ACUACAAACAUUGAACCUCCAUUUCCCACAAGGAUUUUAUAUAAUCUUUUCCUUAAGAGAGGACGAGUGAUUUUCUGGGUCACCUUUCUAUGCAAAGAACAAGAACAAAUACCCAUCAAAAGUCACCUUUUUUAUAACUAAUAUUCAAGGAAUUUCUCCUUUUGUAAGUUCAGAUGCUGGUUUGUUCAAUUGUUCUUGCUGUUUUUAGUUUAUUUUCCGACAUAUGUGACGCCAGAUUUGGUCUGUGUUAUGUUUUCUUCCUUUUAUCAAUUUGUACUGGCUGUUAAAUUUUCAUGUCCAGCUGAUUAGCGGGUUCAAUUUCUGAUGAUUAUUAGUUUUUGCUACAAUUAGAAGGCUGCCUUUGUAAUUGGGCUGCUUUUUGAUGUGCUGUUGUUAUCUGGGCUACUGAUCUUCCUUUCGGAUAUGUAGUAUUUGUCUCAGCAGUGGCAUGAUAGGCUUAGACUCUCAAGUUGGUACCUUGAUAGGCCAAAGUGGUGAUGAGGAGCUGUGGGUUUGUGCUGACUUUAAAAAGCUAUGUGCUUUGGAUGCUGUGAAUUUGAAUUCUUUUGGAGAGUUGUAUGGGUAAUCUGAUUCUCUUUGUUCUUGUUGGGAAUUUGUGAAGAUGGAGUUACUGCUUUGUUUAAUUCUUAUGGGGGAGAAUUAUCUUGUGUUUGCACUAAAUGGUAAAGCAAAUGUUAGAUCCCUUGCUGUGGACUUGAAUUUGGCUGUCCAUUGUAAUUCUUCGAUGUAACAAUUUGGGACAGCAUAGACAGCAUAUUUCAUAUCCGAACGAGGCCCUUCUCAGUGUACCUGAAAGGUUUUAGUUUUUCCCUUCAAUUCUCCAAGAUGCAAAGAGUUCGUAUAUCGUCUGAACAAGCACCUGUAUAUAAGCUAGGAGAUUCCCAGAUGGCAUUAUCUCCUAAGUUUAGAUUAGCUAUGAUCCAAUCUUCCUUGUUGAAUCCUACAUCAGAGAUUGAAUUAUCCCUCCAAGGUGAACCCUUAAUUCCUGGGCUUCCUGAUGAUGUUGCCCUUAACUGCCUUCUCCGGGUUCCAGUCCAAAGCCAUGCAGCCUGCAGGACAGUUUGCAAGCGAUGGCAUUUACUACUUGGUAACAAGGAGCGGUUCUUCACCCGUAGAAAGGAACUAGGCUUCAAGGACCCUUGGCUCUUUGUCUUUGCUUUCCACAAAUGCACUGGAAAGGUUCAGUGGCGAGUUCUAGAUCUUACCCACUUCUCGUGGCACACUAUCCCAGUGAUGCCCUGUAAGGACAGGGUCUGCCCUCAUGGAUUUAGGUGUGCCUCAUUACCCCUUGAUGGUACUCUCUUUGUUUGUGGGGGCAUGGUCUCCGAUGUGGAUUGCCCCCUCGACUUAGUUUUGAAGUAUGAGAUGCAAAAGAAUCGUUGGACUGUGAUGAAUCAGAUGAUUGCAGCCAGAUCAUUUUUUGCAAGUGGAGUAAUUGAUGGGAUGGUAUAUGUAGCUGGAGGAAACAGUACUGAUCUGUUUGAGCUUGACUCGGCAGAGGUUUUGGACCCUGUUAAGGGGAACUGGCGUCCCAUUGCAAGCAUGGGAACAAAUAUGGCAUCUUAUGAUGCAGCAGUUCUUGGAGGGAAGCUUCUAGUGACGGAAGGCUGGCUGUGGCCUUUUUUCGUCUCUCCUAGGGGUCAAGUUUAUGAUCCAAGAACUGACAGGUGGGAGAAUAUGGCUGUUGGACUGAGAGAGGGCUGGACUGGUUCAAGUGUGGUAGUCUAUGGGCGCUUGUUCGUGGUUUCAGAGCUUGAGAGGAUGAAGCUCAAGGUUUAUGACAUGGAAACAGAUUCCUGGGAAACAAUAGAAGGGCCCCCAUUACCGGAGCAAAUUUGCAAACCCUUUGCUGUGAAUGCCUGUAAUAGCAAAAUCUACGUUGUGGGUCGGAAUCUGCAUGUUGCUGUGGGUUACAUCUCUAAGCUGAAGCAAAAAAGCAGUUGCGAAAAGAAGUUGAGCUUCAGUGUUACAUGGCAUGUAGUAGAUCCACCAGAUGGUUUUUCUGACUUGACACCCUCAAGCUCUCAGGUUUUGUUUGCCUAAUUUUUCUGUGAUAUUUGCAUCUUGACUUGCAUACUAUUGAAUAAAUUGUAACUAUAUGUAUUUGUGAAAGCUGUAGAGUGCUAAUGGCUGCAUGUAGAACAAAUUUAUCAAUAAUAUGGUUGUCAUUCCCAGCUCAA